AUGAAGAAAAGAAGGAAGAUUAUGACAAAAAUGCACAUCAGCUCCUCUGAUGGGAAGGAGAAAUCGGCUGUCCCAGACAUUCCAUCUGUGCAGUGUGACCCUGGUCCAUCUCCUGUAGUGGGAGCUUCCGAUCAGCGGAAAGUCCUUAGUUCACUGAACUAUAACAAAAACCUGUUGAAAUAUUUGAACGAUGAUCGCCAGCGUCAGGCAUCUUUCUGUGAUCUGGUCAUUGUGGUGGAAGGGAAGGAGUUCCAAGUGCACAAAGUGGUGGUGGCCGUGGGCAGCAGUUACUUCCACGCUUGUCUGACGAAGAACCCAAACAUGGACGUAGUGACAUUAGAACAUGUAAAUAGCUCAAUAUUUCAACACUUGUUGAAUUUUCUGUACACAUCUGAGUUCCUGGUGCUGGAGACUGAAAUAAGUCUGGUCUUGGAGGCUGCAAAGUUUUUGGAUAUAAUUGAUGCCGUUAAAUUGCUAGCAGCUGAAAGUGACAUUUUACCUCCGAUUGACAAUCAGCUGGUUCCGAAUGUAACAGAUGAAGCUGCUCAUAAACUCAACAACAGUCACAAAUGUCCCUUCUGUGAACGGAACUUUUGCUACAAAAAAACACUGGAGAAUCACAUGGACAAAGCCCACAAGUUGGAUACAACAGAUGUUUCCAAGGAUUCUGAUUCCUCUCCUAGGAAGUCAACACGUAAAAGAAAAAGUCCCCAAAAAUAUGAUGAUGGAGAAGACUUAGAGAGUGACAGUGGAGAGUCAAGUAGUGAUUUGGGCAAAAGUAGUCAGGAGAGCACAGACCCAGAAGAUUCUGACAGUGAGAUGCAGGAGGAAAGCCAUGCAGUGGAGGACAAUGACCAGUCUGUGGAAGAAGAGUAUGGGGGGGAGGUAUCUGGAGGUGAUGAGGGACAAAACAUUGGGGAACGAGAAGAAUGUGAACAAAAGAAUGAAAAUUCUGUUAGUUUUGGAAAAUUUCCAGAAGGUCUUGCACCGAUUGUGUUACAGAUUAACAACAAGAGAACUUUGAAAUGCCCAAAGUGUGAUAAGGUCUUUGAUCGAUUUGGUAAAUAUGAGAGCCAUACACGAGUGCACACAGGAGAAAAGCCUUUUCAAUGUGACAUCUGCAAUUUGAGGUACUCUACCAAAUCCAACUUAACAGUUCACCGAAAGAGGCACAACAAUGAAACAGAAAUUCCCAGAAAGGAUCACAAGUGUCCAUUCUGCAGCAAGCUCCAUGCCAGCAGGAAGACCCUUGUGAAACAUGUCAGGAGGUUCCAUGCAGAAAAUGCACAAGAGUUUAUUGCAAUCAAGAGAUUAAAGAGUGAAGGCUGGAAGUGCGAUAUCUGUAAUAAAUCUUUCACACGACGGCCUCAUUUAGAGGAACACAUGAUCCUUCAUUCACAGGACAAGCCAUUUAAGUGCACCUAUUGUGAUGAACACUUCAAAUCGCGCUUCAAAAGAUUGAGGCAUCAGGAAAAAUAUCAUUUGGGUCCCUUUCCUUGUGACAUUUGUGGACGUCAGUUCAAUGACUCUGGAAACCUGAGACGCCAUAUUGAAUAUACACAUUGUGGAAAAGGAAGUAUAGCUGCUUUAUCUGUGGGAAAUCAGUAAGAGAAAGGACCACAUUAAAAGAACAUCUUAGGAUUCACAGUGGGGAAAAGCCACACCUCUGCAGUAUUUGCGGGCAGAAUUUUCGCCAUGGUAGCUCAUACAGGUAA